AAAUCACUGUAUAUUCGACUCAGUGGCCCUGGGACGAUCAUUCCUGUUGCCAUUUGUUGACUGACCAAUCAGAUGGGUGGAGUUUUGUGUUAUAGAAAUUGGCAGCAAGUAUCCAAUGGGUGAAGAAGAGGCCGACCGGGGAAGCGGGCAGCCCUGACGUGAUGUGCUGGGUGAGGAGAGACCUUCCAGCCCGAGAGAGGUCAGCGUGACACGUCCGGGACGCCACCAUCUGCCAGGCCACCGCACGGUCAGUGGAAGGGGUGACAGCCGCAUUCUCCUGUGCCUACCACGGAACCAAAAAUGAAGGAGAACUACUGUUUACAAGCCGCUCUGGUGUGCCUGGGCAUGCUGUGCCACAGCCAGGCCUUCGCCACCGAGCGCAGGAGCCACCUGAGACCCUCGUUCCACGGGCACCACGAGAAGGGCAAGGAGGGCCAGGUGCUGCAGCGCUCCAAGAGAGGCUGGGUCUGGAACCAGUUCUUCGUGAUAGAGGAGUACACCGGGCCUGACCCCGUACUCGUGGGCAGGCUUCAUUCCGAUAUUGACUCUGGUGAUGGGAACAUUAAAUACAUUCUCUCAGGUGAAGGAGCUGGAACCAUUUUUGUGAUUGAUGACAAAUCAGGGAACAUUCACGCCACCAAGACACUGGACCGAGAGGAGAGAGCCCAGUACACACUGAUGGCUCAGGCGGUGGACAGGGACACCAACCGGCCCCUGGAACCACCAUCAGAAUUCAUUGUCAAGGUCCAGGACAUUAAUGACAACCCUCCCGAGUUCUUACAGGAGACCUAUCAUGCCAACGUGCCUGAGAGGUCCAACGUGGGAACAUCAGUAAUCCAGGUGACAGCUUCAGACGCAGAUGACCCCACCUAUGGAAACAGUGCCAAGUUAGUGUACAGUAUCCUGGAAGGACAACCCUACUUUUCAGUAGAAGCACAGACAGGUAUCAUCAGAACAGCCCUUCCCAAUAUGGACAGGGAAGCCAAGGAGGAGUACCACGUGGUGAUCCAGGCCAAGGACAUGGGUGGACACAUGGGUGGACUCUCAGGGACAACCAAAGUGACGAUCACACUGACUGAUGUCAAUGACAACCCACCAAAGUUUCCGCAGAGCGUAUACCAGAUGUCUGUGUCAGAAGCAGCUGUCCCCGGAGAGGAAGUAGGAAGAGUGAAGGCUAAAGACCCAGACAUUGGAGAAAAUGGCUUAGUCACGUACAAUAUCGUUGAUGGAGAUGGGAUGGAAUUGUUUGAAAUCACAACGGAUUAUGAAACACAAGAGGGCGUGGUGAAACUGAAAAAGCCUGUAGAUUUUGAAACCAAAAGAGCAUACAGCUUGAAAGUAGAGGCAGCCAACGUGCACAUCGACCCGAAGUUCAUCAGCAAUGGGCCUUUCAAGGACACUGUGACGGUCAAGAUCGCAGUAGAAGAUGCUGAUGAGCCCCCCAUGUUCUUGGCCCCAAGCUAUAUCCAUGAAGUCCAAGAAAAUGCAGCCGCUGGCACUGUGGUGGGGAGAGUGCAUGCCAAAGACCCUGAUGCUGCCAACAGCCCAAUAAGGUAUUCAAUCGAUCGUCACACUGACCUGGACAGGUUUUUCACUAUUAAUCCAGAGGAUGGUUUUAUUAAAACAACAAAACCUUUGGAUAGAGAAGAAACUGCCUGGCUCAACAUAACAGUUUUUGCAGCAGAAAUCCACAACCGGCAUCAGGAAGCCAAAGUUCCCGUGGCCAUUAGGGUCCUUGAUGUUAACGACAAUGCUCCCAAGUUUGCUGCCCCUUAUGAAGGCUUCAUCUGUGAGAGUGAUCAGACCAAGCCUCUUUCUAACCAGCCAAUUGUUACAAUUAGUGCAGAUGACAAGGAUGACACAGCCAAUGGACCAAGAUUUAUCUUCAGUCUACCCCCUGAAAUCAUUCACAAUCCAAAUUUCACAGUCAGAGACAACAGAGAUAACACCGCAGGGGUGUAUGCCCGGCGCGGAGGGUUCAGUCGGCAGAAGCAGGAUUUGUACCUCCUGCCCAUUGUGAUCAGCGAUAGUGGAAUCCCGCCCAUGAGUAGCACCAACACCCUCACCAUCAAGGUCUGUGGGUGUGAUGUGAAUGGGGCGCUGCUGUCCUGCAAUGCUGAGGCCUACAUCCUGAACGCUGGCCUGAGCACAGGGGCUCUGAUCGCCAUCCUCGCCUGCAUCGUCAUUCUCCUGGUCAUCGUAGUGUUGUUUGUGACUUUGAGAAGGCAAAAGAAAGAACCACUCAUUGUCUUCGAGGAAGAAGAUGUCCGUGAGAACAUCAUUACCUAUGAUGAUGAGGGGGGUGGGGAAGAAGACACAGAAGCCUUUGAUAUUGCCACCCUCCAGAAUCCGGAUGGUAUCAAUGGAUUUAUCCCUCGCAAAGACAUAAAACCCGAGUAUCAGUACAUGCCUAGACCCGGGCUCCGACCAGCACCCAACAGUGUGGAUGUGGAUGAUUUCAUCAACACGAGAAUACAGGAGGCAGAUAAUGACCCGACUGCCCCUCCUUAUGACUCCAUCCAAAUCUAUGGUUACGAAGGCAGGGGCUCAGUGGCUGGGUCCCUGAGCUCCUUAGAGUCGGCCACCACAGAUUCAGACUUGGACUAUGACUACCUACAGAACUGGGGACCUCGGUUUAAGAAACUAGCAGACUUGUACGGUUCCAAAGACACUUUUGAUGACGACUCUUAACAAUAAUGAUACAAAUUUGGCCUUAAGAACUGUGUCUGGCGUUCUGAAGAAUCUAGAAGAUAUGUAAACAGGUAUUUUUUUAAAUCAAGGAAAGGCUCAUUUAAGACAAGCAAACUUUUACAGAGAGGAUACAUUUAAUAAAACUGCAAGGACAUCAAAGUGGUAAAUACUGUGAAGUACCUUUUCUCACAAAAAGGCAAAUAUUGAAGUUGUUUAUCAACUUGGCUAGAGAAAAACCACUUGGCAUACAAAAUAUUUAAGAGAAGGGGAAGUCUAACGGUGAACUCACAAUGAAGGGAAAUUUAUGUGUUAUGAACAUCUAAGUCUUUUUUCUUCUUUUUUUUUUUUUUAAUUUGUCAAAGAAGCUUCCACAAAAUUAGAAAGGACAACAGUUCUGAGCUGUAAUUUCGCCUUAAACUAUGGACACUCUCUAUGUAGUGCAUUUUUAAACUUGAAAUAUAUAAUAUUCAGCCAGCUUAAACCCAUACAAUGUAUGUACAAUACAAUGUACAAUUAUGUCUCUUGAACAUCAAUCUUGUUACUGCUGAUUCUUGUAAAUCUUUUUGCUUCUACUUUCAUCUUAAACUAAUACGUGCCAGAUAUAACUGUCUUGUUUCAGUGAGAGGCGCCCUAUUUCUAUGUCAUUUUUAAUGUAUCUAUUUGUACAAUUUUAAAGUUCUUAUUUUAGUAUACAUACAAAUAUCAGUAUUCUGACAUGUAAGAAAUGUUACAGCAUCACACUUAUAUUUUAUGAACAUUGUACUGUUGCUUUAAUAUGAGCUUCAAUAUAAGAAGCAACCUUUGAAAUAAAAAAAGAUUCUUUUUUAAUUCUGGGUUUGAUUCUUAACACUGAAAAAAUUAUUUCUAAUGACCCAUUUAUAAUUAUAAUUUAAGAUAUUUGUGAUCUUUUAAUAACCCUAUUUAUGAUCUAUUGUAGUCUGCUGCUUUUAUUGUUUAUUUAAAAUCAAAUAUGUUUUACAAAUGUUUUUUUCAGACAAGAUUCUGUAACAUUGUGUAAAGCUUUUUUGUACAUUCUUGGUAUUAGCUUCCUGGCUUCUCUUCACAUACAUCUUCUUCAAAAGAAGGAUGCUAAAGAUCUAGGUCAGUUCAUGAUUCUGCAAUACUUGUUAUAUAAUAUACGCCUAUCUUGUACAGCAGUAAUUUGAUGGUUAUGAGAAUCAAAUCCAUGAGGGAGUGAAACUAUCAGAACUCUCAAGUUCAAGAUGUAGAUUUUAUGCCCCAUACCGAGCAUUUGGGGGUUAGGGGGGAAAAGGGUCAAAAAUAUACAUUUGCCACAUGUAGUUAUCAGCUCAGCUCUCCAUUGUUAUUCUAUUUUUCCUUACUUUGAUCUUGCCAGGCUAUCGUAAUGACUGACAGUUGAAACUGCUUAUUUUUUCUCUUGUGAUUUUAACACCUCUUAAAACGAUGUGGCAUUUUCAAGUUUGAUCUAAGAAAGAAUAAUUCAUUUUCAAACCUUUGUUUAAAAAUAUGCUUUAGGUCAUAAGCUCAGAAUGAGGGCAGGGACCAUGGUGGAUUCUGGGGGUCAAUGACAUUUGAUCUGUGAGUAUGCCUGCAGUCUCCUGCAGUUGCCUCUCACUGCCUGGGGACUAGGACUUCUGUGAAGAACACUUCACCUGCUCUAUAGGGCCAAAGGUCAAAACAUAGCAAUACUCGGGGAAAGAACACACAGGUCAUGCUAUGCUCCAAGUGCUUUUCCUCUUUCCUCUAGACACAGGGCACAUGCUUUCUCUUGACUGCAGACAAUGUUUAGAUUAUCCUUUUUCCUUUUUUUAAAACUAUUGUGAGAGUUUGUUUCAAGUAUUUCUUGAUAUCCUGCUACGUACUAUUUUUAUGACUCAGUCAAAAUGCAUACAAAGAGAAAUGUUUUGAUGAAGUGCUCACUUCCAUAUUCCUUUGCAUUUAAAUCAAAUUGUCUGAACACUUCAAUGGAAUAAAUUCUGUGGACAAUGUCACUUUGGAAUCUUUCAUUUCAGUGAAGGAUUGCACACUCUCAAUACUUCCAUAAUUGCAGGUUUUGUUCAUUUUUUUUAUAUACUUUUUGUAAUCCAAAGAAUAUUUUGCUAGAUUUGCACAGAUCUCCAAUUGAAUUUGAAGUGAAGAAAUAACUCAAAAGGAAAAUGAAUAGCACUUAAACAAGUAUACAGCUGUAAGUAAGCCCAUCACCGUGGAUGAUCCUUUUUUCUAGGAAUACAUUUGGAUUCGAUUUGACAACUACAUUUUCACAUUUUCAUGUUUAAAAAAAUUUUUUUAAAGGCUGUCUACUUUUCAAUAGUUAAAAGUACUUGUUUUUCUUUCUUCUUUUUUUCUCUUUUUUACUUUAAGCCUCUAUUGUUUGUAGAACCCUCUUAGAAGCUUGGAAAUAAACUGUCUUUCUUGACUAGCAGAGUCCUUUUUCAUUUGGAACAUAUUGCCUUAAACGUAAUCUUAGUUUAAGUAGCACUUCCUUAUUUCUGUCUGAAAUGAUCACUACUUCAUGAAAUGGAUACAGCUAAAAAAGAACAUUGCUUUAUUGCUUCUUGUUCUUCAGUAGUAGGUAUUGUUUCAUUCAUCAUUCAUUAAUUCAUUUACUCAUCAAAAUCUUAUUUUGAAGACCCUGUGCUGGUUUCUUAAGGAUGCAGAAUGAAUCUUGCUAUCUUCCUUGAUAUCUUUCGAUCUUCCCAGCCCUGUUCCAAAUUGUCUAUCCUAUUUCCCUGUAAUCACCUAUUUACUUCCUUGUCCAACCACCUCCCCAAACAAUGAACACAACCAGUGAUUUCCUCCCCUUUAGGGUUGAGGUAAGAAAAAUAAAUACAAGACAUAACAGGAGAUGGUGAAAUGCCGACAGUGAAUGGAGGGUAGACCAAUCAUGGCCAUUCUGGACAGAUCUUGUGUUUAGCUAAAUUGCAUUUUAUAGGCUAGUGUUCCUGGGGAUGGUGAGGAAAAUAAGAGAGCAUAUAUCUACAUCACUUGGAGAACUUAUUUAAAAAUACCCAUUCAGGAGUUCCCAUCGUGGCGCAGUGGUUAACGAAUCCGACUAGGAACCAUGAGGUUGCGGGUUCGGUCCCUGCCCUUGCUCAGUGGGUUAACGAUCCGGCGUUGCCGUGAGCUGUGGUGUAGGUUGCAGACGCGGCUCAGAUCCCGCGUUGCUGUGGCUCUGGUGUAGGCCAGUGGCUACAGCUCCGAUUCGACCCCUAGCCUGGGAACCUCCAUAUGCCACCGCCCAAAGAAAUAGCAAAGAUAAAAAAAA